UGGGCGCUGCUCCGCGCACCGUCUCCCGGAGCAGAACCGGAACGGAAACACAGCUCCUCACCCCGCCUCGCCUCACCCGGCAGGGCCGGCACCGUCCCCGCCUCCUCCCUGCUCCCAGUGGCGGACGCGAGUGCCGUAGAUGGGACCUCCCCGGCGUGUCUGGAGAAUGAGUUGAUGUAAUAAACUGUCUAUGGACCAUCAGUGGAAAAUACUGGGUAGAAACCAAUGUGUGCUGGAUCUGGAUCAGUGAUUUGGCGAUGGUCAAACGCCACUCUUCCAAUGUUUUUGUGGACAGACUUGCGUACAGUAGGCACAGCUACAGAGUGAUGACCGCGUGCCAAGUGCCAGCUGCCCUUAUUCACCAGAUUCAAGAAGAACUGGAUAAAGAAGAAGAAGAGAUGAUGGUUUUCCUGUGCCGAGACCUUGCUCCUGACUUGGCCACUGCCGAUCUUAGAGAGAUCUUGGCAGCUUUGAAUGAGAGGGAGAAACUGUCUCCUGUUGGCUUGUCUGAGCUGCUGUACAGAGUUAAAAGGUUUGACUUACUGAGGAGGAUCUUGAACACUGAGAAAGCAACAGUGGAAGCUUACCUUACCAGGAGUCUCAGACUUAUCCCUGAUUACAGGGUGCUAAUGGUGGAAAUAAAUGAGAAUCUGGAAAAAGAGGAAGUGGGUUCUCUUCUUUUUCUACUUAGAGAUUAUACACCUCGGAUGAAAAUGGCAAAAGAUAAGAGUUUUCUAGCUCUUGUAAUUGACCUGGAGAAACUAAAUUUGGUGGCUCCUAAUCAACUGGAUUUGAUAGAAAACUGUUUUCAAAGUAUUCACAGGAUAGAUUUGAUUAGGAAGAUUCAGAACUACAAACACAAAGCUUUAAUGUCCUCCGUUCAUUCUCCGCCAGUGUAUGUAAAUGCACGCCCAGCAUCUCUCACUAAUCUCAAUCUGAUUGAUCCUCCUUACAAUUCAGGGAUGCAGAAUGGGAGCAGAGAAAAAUUACAAAAUGGACUAAAUCAUACCCUGGCAGAACCAGUUCCCAUGUCCAUUCAGGAAUCGGGAUCAGCGUCACAUAAGGGGACUGAUGAACCUUACAGAAUGCAAAGUCAACCUUUAGGAAUAUGCCUGAUCAUAGACUGUAUUGGCAAUGAUGCAGAUGUGUUGGAAGAGACCUUCAGAGGCUUGGACUAUGACGUUCAUUGUCACAGAUAUUUAAAUAUUGCCACCAUGAAGCAAACAUUGCUUGACGUUGCAAGUUUGCAGCAGCACAGAAAUUAUGACAGCUUCAUUUGCAUAUUGGUCAGCCGUGGAAGUCAUCAGGGCAUCUUCUGUACAGACAUUACCUGUUCUGGAUUCCCUCUGGAACAAAUAAAAAAUUACUUCACGCCAGACUCAUGUCCUGGACUCCUAGGAAAACCAAAGCUUUUUUUUAUUCAGAGCUACAUUGUGCCAGAAAAUGAGCAAGAAUGUACUAGUCUGUUGGAAGUAGAUGGGAAUGAUAAAAAUAUCAAUAAUAAAGUCAUUAUCCCCCGAGGAGCAGACAUCUUUUGGAGCCAUUGUAAGGUGGAUGUGUCUUCACUAGAAAAAUCCUCAACUUCAUGCUCAUAUUAUCUGCAUUGUCUGGCUGAGCUACUCCGCGAUCCUUACAUAAGGAAACUCCCUAUAUCAGAUAUCCAUACGGAACUGAAUGGAAGAGUUUAUAAAUGGAAUGAGACCGCUGACCCAUGCCAACAAUACUCACUUCUGCUCCAACACACACUGACGAAGGAACUUUUUCUUUUUCCUACUUAACUGCUCUUGGAAAGGACAUAUCUGAAGUUUCUAACAAGAAGUAUUUAAUAUGAUCCGAACAGUUUCACACAUACUUUUACAUUAUGCAUUUUAUUUCAUGUAUAUCUAAAGUGCCUUUUGCUUCCAAACCCAAGAAUUUGGAAGCAUUUUGGUGCAUU